UGUCUUUAAAUGCUCCGUUCUGCCCACGCGCUUCUGUGAACCUGUUGUCAUGUUGAUUAUAUCCAAAUAUUUGAUAGAUUUUCAUGUUUUUUUCCCGCAGGACGUUGAGGAUGUUGAAGUUUCAGUUGCUCCUGGUGCUUUUCUUCGUUCUUCUGUGUUUCUCUGGUGCCGUGGAUUCGUGCAUCUUCAAGAAGCACGAGAACGACUCAGUGACUCUGGAGUUUAACUUCCCUCCUAAAUUCGCCUCCAAACCUGUGGACAUCAUCUGUGUACAGAACCAAUCCAGGGAGUUCUUCCACCAAGACAAUGGUAAAGAAGAGACAGAUUACCAGAACAAGCACUUCAGAGGCCGAGUCCAAGCCAAUGUAACCGCCCUGAGAGACGGGGUGUUCAAGACUCACAUCUCCCCCCUCCUCCUGGGAGACUCAGGCCUGUACUCCUGCAACAUCCAGCGCGGCAGUGAGGUCCAAAAGACCAGCGACUGUCGUCUGUCUGUGUCCGCUGCUCCUGAAUCCACACAAGAACCACCAGAAGAACAACCAGGUCACGCUUUGACUGGACUGUGGGCUGCGCUGGGGCUUGUGGGGAUCGUGGUGUUCAUAACAGUGUUUUUAUUGGUCUGGUUCAGGUCUCAGGUCCUGGUUCAGGUCUCAGAUCCUGGUCUGGUUCAGGUCAGAUCCUAAAAACCCUCCACAGAACCAGAGUGACGUGAUCUAACUGCUGCUCUGUUCUCGUCGUGUUGUGGAAAGGCUCCUGAGUCGUUAACUCUUUCCCCCAUGAAGACGACAUUUGACGACCCCUCGUGUUUCCUUAAUCACGUCUUUUGAAACCUCCGCUGUUUCACUAAAGACGUGAUUUGACGAACAUUAGAAACGACUCGGUUUUUCACAUUUAAACAGAGACUGUGAUUGGUCGGGGCCACUACAACCCACACUAGACGGACCAAUAGGAUUCAAGGAGAUGUUUUCGCCAUUAAUCGAAGUAGUGACAAUUGUAGCUUCCAGAAAAAACACAACACGAAACACGAGCAAUAGAAAGAUCACGACGCUGCGGCGCAGUUUUAGAAAUAAUGAGGAGCGGACGUAUUUUAUGGAUAAGUUUAGAGAAAGUGACUUUUAUAGAUUUCAAAGUGAUGAUGAAGUUGAUUAUAAAGUGGAAACAGCGACGGAAUUUCAGAAAGUGAAACUCAUGAAGAUGAGAAUGCAGCUGAUGCGUCUGUGUGGAUCCUGCGAUGUCCAAACAAACUAUCCAGGACUUUAUACUCGAUUAUGAACCAAAAUUGCCCUGAAAUCUGGAUGUUGCUCAGACGAGUCCUUUAAAAUAUUUCAGUCUUUUUUUUCCAAGAUGCGACGUAUAACAGAAUCACUACAGAAACAAACACUUAUGUGGAGCUCUGCACACGAGAAAAUAACCAAGAUGAUAAAUACUGAACACACACUGACGGGGAAGAGUUUUAUUAUUAUAUUAUUAUAUUAUAAUAAGAUAAAUGAUUUGAAUAAGUUAAAUGGAAAAAAUGAAUUAGGCACACACAGGUGAACAACAGGUAAAAACAGGUAAAAACAGGUGCACACUUGGCUUCACUGUAUCUGCUGAUAUGAAAUCUGUUUAAAUACUUUGACAAAGUAUAUUUUAAAUUUUUUUUAUGAAAAUGGUGCUCAGAACAUGCAGAUAUCAGACGCUGAAUAUAGUUUUUUUUUUUGUUUUCGAUUUUGCACUGAGCAGGUAAACUCUCAUGUUCAGUGAGCUGUUAUAAACCUGUAAAUGAGUCGAAUCACAUUUAAACAUCCAGAAAUGAAGAGUUCAGAGUCUGAAGUUUCCAGAGAUACAAAUAUGUCUGUGUUACAAUGAAGUUCAUGAGUGUAAAAAUCAUUUAUAAUCAUUCGUAGAAGUUUGUUUUAUUUUAUGCAGUUAUGCUCUAAGUGUAGAACUAGUAACAUAUGUGUGUGUUGUUCCUAGUCGACGUCCAGGGGGAAAGAA